UUAUUAAAUCUACAAAUUUUAAUAAUCAAAGAAUCUUUAAGUUUCACAAACAAAGCGUCAUAAAAUUAUUUAGAAUUUAAAACAAGUUAUAAACUUGUGAAGCUGACAGUUUAUGGAGAACUGUAAUUUUCAUUUGUUUGUUGUCAUGUUUAUCAAUUGUUGAUUGAAUUAACAAUAAUAAAAAAUGGCUACAAUAGAGCAAGUUUUAAUAAAAUACUGGCAAAUUAUAAAAAAAGCUUCCAGCAGUAAAUCAGAAAAAUGUGGUGCCCUAACCUAUUUCAGAAGUUCUCCAGGUAUAUUUGCGUUGGAACAAAUGUUAAAACCACUACAAGCAAUGGAGGUUUGUCUAGUAGCCCUGGAUCUAACUUCCAGUGAUGAUAAAGAAUUGAGUUUAGAAGCACGUCAAACUUUUAUUUGUCUUAUUGCUGAUGAGACAGAUGUUCCAUUGAGUCUUUACAAAGUUGGCCAACAUUUACCCAGAGACAAACGUUUGAAAUUUUUCACAUUUUUGGAAAGUUUGGAUAUAAAUCUGUUGGUAAAAUUUUCUGAUAAUGAUACAACAAUAAAAUUCGUAAAUGACUGUAUGCAAAAUGUUAAUUCAAAAAAAAUGGAAUGGUUAUCACCAUUAUCAUGUACUGAAAAUAUAAAUUUACUAACUGAAGCUGAACAAAAAUAUUCAACAAAUACAGAUGAUAUUGAGUACCAAUUGGUAUUUAAAUCAAUACAAUUACUUCAAAGAUUAUAUGCUAAUGCAUUAACAUCUACAAAAAAUUAUGUUACUAAGUAUCAUGUAUUUUUAUUUGAUAAAAUAAUAUUAUUAGCAUACAUGGGUUUUGCCCAACAACGUAAAUUAGCACUUGAAUUAUUAUCAACAGCAUUAAAAACAAAUCUUGUAGCAUACAUGCAAGUAAGUUCACCAAAAUUAUGGCUAAUAUAUAAAGAUGAUUUAUCAAAAAUGUAUUGUCCAAGAAUGGAUUUAUUAAUUAAAUCAAAAGAAUAUGAUUGGGCAACACAAUGGUCAUUAAGUGUACAAAUAUUAGGUAUUGAUUUACAUCGUGGUGGUGCUGGAUUAAUAAAUCCUCUAUUGGGAAUUGAAGAAAAAGCAUUUAAAUCAUCUGAUAAUAGAAUUCGUAAACAAGCAUUUUUAUGUUGGAAAAUAUUAAUGGAUAAUUUUGCCUUAAAUCCAACUGAAUUAUCAUCAAAUAGACGUAUUAAAUUAUUAUGUAUUCCAUUAACAGCAAAGAAUAGUAAAAUUGAAUCACUUGCAUUGGUUAAACUUGAAACAUGGUGGCAUUUAAUAAUAAAAUUAGAUCCAAAAUCAGCUGAAUUUUUACAACAAGUAUUAAAUGGUUUUUUAGAAUUUUGUUUUGGACCACUUGGUGAUACACCAUUGUUAUCAACACAAAUUGAUAGUAGUGGUAUUAUUGCAUCACCAGGUAAACGUUUUCAUAAAACACGUGUACUUGCUGUUGAUGCAUUAUUACAAUUAUUAGUACGUAGAAAAAAAGAUCGUGAAUUAAUAACAUUAUCAUUAAAAGAAAGACUACCAGAUGCAAUAACAAAUGUAGUAUUUAAAUCAAUAUAUAAAAGAUUAUUUCAUAGUGUUGGUGAAGCAUUAUUAUUAAUAACAAAUUUAACUGAUGAUGAUUUAAAAAAUCGUGAUAAAUUAUGUAAUAUAUUGUGGUCAAAUCUUGUUGAAUACAUUGAAGAAUCAAAUGACGAUGAACGUAUACCAAUGUUUAAAGAAUUAAUAAUUGUUAUCAGUGAAAUAACAAAUCACAUUAAUGAUUCAAUCAUAAUGAGUAAUUUAAUUAUCAAUACAAUUAUACCAGAACUUGCUGAUUUACCACAUAAUCAAUUUACAUGUAAUGAUGAUACAUUAAUAACAUUGGCUAAAAAAUUAUUAAAUCCAUCAGUAUUAAAAAAAAUUGAACUUCGACAUCUUGAUUCAAUUAAAACAAUAAUUCAUCGUGGUUUAAAAACACUAAGUACUCAUACAAAAAUACUUGAAUUUAUUGAUUCAGUUAUAUCAGCAAUUGAAAUUGAUUGUCAUGAUAAUUUUUAUUCAAUUAUUAUUGAAGUAUGGCGUAUAUUUGCUGGUAUAUUAAUUAAAUAUAUUAAUGACGAUAAUAAUAUUAAUCAAGGCAAUGAUACUAAUCAUAAUUUUUCAACAAUAUUUAAAAUAAUACAUUUUCCAUUUACUUGUUCAUUUUGGCGUGAUAUAACACCUGCACCACAACAAGCAAAAAUGAUUAUAUCAUUGUGGAUUAAGCUGUAUAAAUUAUUUGACAUGAAAGCACAUGCAAUUUUGACAGUUAAACCAAAUGAAAUACUUGAUACAUUGACAAAUACAAUUAAUAAAUAUUGUUUAAAAGAAAAAAAAUGUUAUCGUUUUGUUGCAUAUUGUUUAGAAACAAUUAUCAGUACAAUUGAUUAUAAAGUAUUAUUUACAAAUAAUCAAGUACCAUCAAUGAUACAUAUACUACGUGAUACAACAAGAGAAACAUUAAUGGGACCAGAGGGUGAAUUGUCAUUAAAAGCAUUGUCAUUAGUGCUCAUGUCAACUUAUAGCCUUGCUGAUUAUAAUAAAACACUUGAUUAUUUAGAAGCUGUUAAAUCAACAAUUGAAUAUAUGCUAAAAAUUGAAGUACGCGAUGAUAAUAUUGAAAAAGAAAUAAUUAAUACUUGGGAUACAGUUGUUAUUAUUAUAAAAGGUCAUGCAAAAUAUUUAACAAGUUAUUUUAUAGCAGUAUAUCAUGAUACAUUUUUAGCAGCAUAUUGUCAUAAAAGUGUAGAAAUAGUUGCUAAUAUAAUGUCAUUAAAUGAGUCAAUUGAUUUAAAACAAGAUGUUAAAAAAGCAUUAUUAGAUAUUGUAAAAGAAGCAGAAGCAAUAUUUCUUAAUCAAAAUUUAAUAACUGAUAAUAAAAAAAAACAAAUGAUUAAUGAUCCUCGAAAAUUACAAAAACCAAUUAAAAUUGUUGGUAGUUAUAUUGGACGUGAACGUGUUGGUAAUACAAAAUCACCAACGACAGUUACUAAACUUGUAUCAAUGAAAAAAGACAAUAAUGAAUUUAAAAAAAUUGUCAGUAAUAUACCAAUUGAUAAUGAAUCACAAGAUUAUGUUGUUAUUAAUAAUGCUAUUAAUGUUGAUGUUAAUUGUUUGACUGAACAUCAAAAAGAAAAUUUUAAAAGAAGAAGAGAUGAUAUACCAGCAUUGUAUAAUGAUUUAUCACAAUCACAGUCACAUGAUACACAAGAUUUAAAAGAAUGGUUUAAUGAAAAGAGAAAAAAAGCUACUGAAAAUGAUGAUAAUGAUAAUAAUAAUAAAAAACAAAAAACAUCAUUCAUUGAUAAACAAAAUGAGUCAAGUCCAAUGGAUGAAGAAACAAUUGUAAAAUCAAUUGACUCAACUGCUAUUAAAGAAAAUACCAGUGAUAAUUUAUCAGAUUCUAUUGCUAAAAAAUUAGAUUUUGAAUCACGUGAUGAAUAUCCAAAUGACAAUGAACAUAUUGAUGAUAAACAAAAUGAAAUGGUAUCUAAAAAACGUGAUAAAUUAUUAACACGUGGUAGAGGACGUGGUAGAUCAAUAAAACCAAGAGAACCAACUGAUACUGAUAAUAAAAAUUUAAAACGUAAAGCAUCAUCUGACAAUGAAUCUGAUAAUCCAAUUGAUAAUAAAAAACGUAAACGUUCAUCACCUGAUACAAGUUUAAAUAGUGAAACAUAUGUAACAAGUGAUUCAGAUAGUAAUUCUUCAAAUGAAAGUGAAAAUCAAUCAUCUGGCAGUCAAGAAACAACAAAAAGUGGUAAAAAAAAUUUACCAGAACAAACAAAACGUGAACUUUUGCGUUUACGUAUUAAUAUGGUAAGCGAUAGUUAUUUACCAGGUCGUCGUAGAUCAAAAUUGACUGAUGAAAUUGAUAAUAAACAAAAUAAAAUACGUAAAGAUGAAGAAAGUCAAGAAUUAACAAAAUAUCGAAGAAAGAAAAAUUCAAAAAUACAAUCUGAUAAUAUAAAAACUGAAGAAACAAGUCCAUCAGGAAAAAGAAAAAAAAGCAAUAAUGAUAAUGAUAAAUUAAACAGUAGUUUUGAUGAUGCAUCUGAUAAAUCAAGUAGUUUAGAUCCAAAUGAAGAACAACAAGAACAAAUUGGUGAAUUAAUAAAUAAUGAAAAAAUAUCAACAGUAAAUAAACCUGAUACUAGUGAUCAUGAAGAAGUUGUUGAAAGUUCACAAGAUACAUUACCAACAAGAUCACCAAAACGUAUUGAAAAAAGAUUAUCAAGAUUAAAUUCACCAUCAUCACGUUCAUCAAAUGUUCCAGUAACAUCAACACCAAUUGUAAGUAAAACAAUACCAUUGAUCAAUGAAAAUAAUCAAUCAACAAGUAAUUUAAUUCCUAAAAAAUCACCGGAAAAAUUAAAACAACCAACAACUGCAAUAACAACAUCACCAAAAAGUAGUAAAAUAUUCAUUAAAAAACGACCAACAUUACCACCACCAUCACAACGAAGAACUACUCAAAUAAUGGAUAUGUUAAAAGGAAUGAAUAAUGAUGCUAAUAAUGACGAUAAACCAUCAGAUGAAUUUACAAAUGUAGCUGAAUUUGUAGCUAAUAAAAAAACAAAUAAUAAUGAAUUAAAUUUUGGUUCACCAGUAGCAAAAAAAGAUCGUCAUGUUAAUUUAAAUACACCUGAUAAAAUAAAUAGUCCAAGUGGAAGUCGUCAAGAAAAAAUAUUCAAUAAUAUGAAAAUAAGUGAAAUUAAAAAUACUGGAUCAUCAAUACUUUUUAGUAAUUUAAAAAAUAAUGGUGAAAAAAUAUCACCAAAACUAGAAAGAACAUAUAAAAUAAAUGAUAAUGAAUAUAAAGAUAAAGGUAUUGAUGAUAAUACAUCAAUGCAAAAUAAUGAACUUGAAAUAUUAGAAUGGUCUUCUGCAAAUCCACCUUCAUUAACAGCAUCACCAAGUGUUAGUAUUCUUAAACGACAGGUAUCAUUGAUUGAAUCAUCAUCAUCAACAACAACUGAUAAUGAUACAUCAUUUAAUGGUAAAAAACGUGUUAGUUUUGCUGAUCCACCAGUAUCAAAACAAAUGGGUUAUCGUGUAUUAUCAUCACCAUUAAGAGCAUUUCCAGUUACUAGAAGAUUUGUAGUACUUGGUAAAAACGAUACUCCUUUUCAAAUUAAACCAUUAAAAUUAAGAAAUAAAAUACAAAUUGAUAAUAAUAAUAGUUGUAAAAUAGAUGAAAAUACAACAAUUGAUACAACUGAUCUUAGUCCAAUUGAAAAUGUAACAGACAUGGAAAUAAGUUCUGAAAAUGAAUAUUUAACAAAAAUUGGAAAUGAAUUGGAGGAUGCUGCUAAUAUGGAUUUAGAAUCUGAUAGUGAUGAAAGUCCUGAUGAUUCACCAUCAACAAAUGAUAAAUUAGAUACUGGUUCUAAAUCACAAAAUAUUUUAUUAUCUAAAAAUAAUAAUACAGAUAAUUCAAUGGAUAAUUUGGAUAAUCAACAAAAUACAAAACAAAAAACAAAAGACACAUUGGCAAGUAGUUUUGAUUUAAAUUGUCAUGAUUCAUUAACUGGUAAAUUUAAACAAAGUAUGGAUUUAUUUGAUCCAAAUUAUGAUUUAACAAAUAAAAAUAAAAUUAAUAAAACUGUUUUAAAAACAUCAACACCAUCAACACUACUUAAAAGUUCAAUAUCAAAUAGUUCAGUACUUGAUGCUGCAGAUGAUAUUGCUGUUGGUAAAAUGUUACAUGAACGAGCAUUAAAAAAAGGUCUACAACAAUCAUCAUCACCAUCACCAUCACCAUCAUCAUCAACAACAUCAGAUGAUAAUAUUGAAAUUCAAAAUGUCAAACGUUCAAAUUCAACAACAGAAACAACAGUUCCAAUAAUUCCAAUAACUAAAAAAAUUACUGUGGUUACAACAAUUCCAGCAACACCUGUUACUGAUAAAUCUUCAAUAAAUGAAUCAUUAAAAUUAAGCCCAAUAAAUAUUUCACAAUCACAAGAUAAAUCAACUGGCAAAACAAAUCCAAUAUAUUCAAAUUUAAUAAAUUGUCAAGAACCAAUAUCUAAAAUUACUGAUGAAUUUCCACCUACACUUUGGAGAAGUAGAUUUAUAAAAUAUUUAACAUAUAAAAAAAUAAUAAAAGUUGGUGAUCUUGCUAAAAGACCUGAAAAUGAAAUACUUAAUAUAUCUAUAAUACAAGGACAAAAUACAGUUGAUUAUGUUAAACGUACUCUUGAUGAAUAUUAUAAAAAAAAUACUACUAAAAAUAAUAAAUUACAAACUAAAGAAAUUACACAAUCACCAGCUGAAAAAGAAGGAAUUAUUGAAGAUGUUGAAUCAACAAUUGAACCAAUAACUCAAGAAAAAAUUGAUUCAAGUUGUGAUAUAUCAACACCAAAUACAACAAUUGAUAAUUCAAUGAGUAAUAAAAAUUCACAAAAACAUGUUGAUAGUCAAUUGUCUGAUGAAUAUGGAUCAAUGAUUAUUGAUUCAUCAAUUGAAACACCAAAACGUGUUGUGACUGAUAUAAGUGAGUUGUUAAAAUUACCAAAAAUUAAAGUUAUUGAUACAGUAUCACCAACAAGCCAAUCAAAACAAAAUUCUUCACAACCACUUAUAUUUAAAGAACUUGAUUUAGAUGUUAUUGUACAACAUGUCGUUAAAAAAUGUAGUAUUGAACAAAUAUUUGGACAUCUUAAAAGUAAAAUGAAUAAUAUGACAAAAGAAGAAAAAUUAAAUGAAAUAAUGAAAAUAUUUAAUAUUAAUAUUGCUGAUGAUGAAAAAUUUAAAGUACUUAUUGAAAUUCAAAAAUUAUUUUCUACAGAAAAAAAUUUUAUAACUGAAGUAUUAACAACUUAUAAAAAACAAGUAACAUCAGAUAUUUGUUUACAAACAAUUAAUGCAAAUAUAUUGAAAGAAGCAAUUUGUAAAUCUUGCACAUCAUCAGAGCUAUUAAAAUUAUUAACAACAGUAUUGAAUAAUGAAAAAAAAAAUGGUAUUAGAGUACCAGUUGAUAAAGAUUUAACAAUUGAACCAAUCAUUGAUAAACUAUCAAUUGAUUCAAUAACAAAAACAAUUGAUAAUAAUAAUCAAAUGGAUCCUAGUACUGUUGCUGAUAAAAUACAAAAAAAUUCUCCAAAUGUUGCUAUUAAAUUAUUCAAUAAUAUGGUUAAACCAGAAACAAUUGAUGAUACAUUGACAAAAAGUAAUAUGAGUGAAGAUGAGUUACUAGCUAUUUUUAAAUCAAUAUCUAAAAAAUUAAGUACUGAUACUCUUCUUGCUGGCUUUACUGAUGUUGUCAAACAAAAAAUGAAAUAAUCUGUAUUAAAACAAAAAUCAUUUAGCUUAAAA